AUGAAAACGAAGAAACUCUGUCACAAUUGUGGAGCCAACGACCACAUAGCUACGAAGUGUCCUAGAGGAUCCUGCCGCGUUUGCGGAACAACCGGACAUCAUACGUCUAUCUGCAAAAAAUUCUUCGACUCACACUCACCAUCACGUUUACCUCCACCAGUAAAACUGCCUGAGAAACAAUCACAGCCAACGAAACCGACAACACGGGCAUCGGCGACGCCUGCGAAGGUGAAUUUAGUGAAUUUCGAGCCCACACUCAAUGCGAAGCCGCAACCGAAUACAGUCCUGCACGUCAACGACAAUACAGAAGUCAUGAUACUCGCAGGGCAAGCACAGGUGCUUAAUCCAGAAUCGGCAAUGCUGGAGCCCAUAUACGUGAUGCUCGACACAGGAGCCGUCAGAUCGUUCAUCAGCAACGAGUUGGCCAAACGACUGCAACUGAAAGACGUGCAUUCCAAGCGGCUUACCAUCAGCACCUUUGGAUCGAACGCACCACUGUUGAAGACGUGUGGAAUUACGGCACUGCAAAUGUGGGAUGCCAACGGAGCUCCGCACACUUUUACGGUAACCAGAAUCGAUAAAGUCACCGAGUCACUACAGCACAACCGCCUCUGCAUCGAGGACAAGCGAUUCCUCUGCGACAACGACCUACAGCUCUCAAUCAAUCCACUUGCUCGAGACAUUCAGCUCGCUCCUCCUCAUCGGAGCAACAUAAAUAGUGGUGCUCACCGGAAAAUUCGAGAGGUAGUAGUACGGUUACCAUCGCAGCGCCUCGUAAAGCGCCCUGUAAAUUUACUCGUCUCUUUGGAACUUGAUGAUAAAGGCAGUAGCACUGAAGAAAUUUCGAAGAAGCUCAAAUCAGAGGAACAGACAUCAACAGAACCGUCUCAUCAAAGAGACCAAUCAGACCGUGACACGCCAGUAUUAAGAACAGCUCAGCAGCCCAAUAACCGCUACGAUCUUCGUCCACGACAGAAGAUCAACUACACCAAAAAAAAAGAGGACACAGAACCCAUCGCACGCAUCAAUAAGAUAAUGGAAGCUUCCACAUUACUUCAAGUCUCUCUGAUGCUAUCACUGGGUGUUACAAUACUUGCUAGUAAGAGCGAAGUAAUCAAAGAAACGAUACGUUCAAUACAGUGCGUCCCAGGAGGUGUCCAUCUUAUUUCCCCCGAUAGAAUCCCGUAUGAAGUCUGUGCGGAGAAUUACUGUGUUCAGUUCGAUAACCCUCGCGUCGAUGAGAAUAUCAGUUUUCCGCCAGAUAUUAUAUUUAGGUAUUUAGGUAUUAGGUGUAUUAUUGAACACCUGGUUCAGUGGAAGUUUGGUGAAAAACUGAACACUAUCGAAACCUUAUGUCACCCAUCUUCAUUAUGUCAAGCAAUAACCUACAGCUUUUGUCCAGCCAAUAUCUUCAACCCAGAACGUUGGCCGAUAAGUGCAAUACUAGGGACAGCAACCCUGUUGUAUUUCCUAAUCACAGGCUGCUACGUACUGCUCUACGUUCCACUAGUGAUCGGUAAACCGAUUAGAAUGGUAGCCCAUAUUUUGUUUGGUUUUUGUUCGACCACUGCAGGAUCAGAUGACGUUAAACUCCCGACAAAAGUCGACAGAGACUCCACAGCAGAAAUCAUAGCAAUAUCCUUGAUAGCGAUCAUACCGGCAGCAAAGCAGUGCCAACUCAUCAAUAUCGUCACGGAUCGGUCCACCAUAUGCACAAAUAAUGGGUUCGGACCGUGCCAGAUUGAGCUCUCAGAGGUGUUUAAAAUAAACCCCUUCAAGCGUGAAGCCUGCCUCAAAAUUACUCGGAAUGACACAUCCAUACAUGAGGCUGAAGUUCAAUGCGAACAAGCAAGUUUCACGAUACCAUGCAAUACGACAGGUGCCCUCUCAGAAUUACGAUUUAGCAUUUCGAGAGCGCGAGUAAACUUCGUUUGUUCGGUCUCUUGUGGGCAAGUUGUCACCUCGGUAGAAAUAGCUGGUAUUCUCACAUUCACAGCCUCAGCACAGGGGUUAGUGCAACAAUGGAUACAAGAAAACUCCACAAUAUUGGCGUCUGAAAACUACACAUCCACGUUCGCACGCCUGUCAAGAAUUCGAGAGAUCAAAGACAUAGAAGAAGCAAUAGCCUCCGUAAUGUCCCAGAUUCAUCGUCAAAUCAAACUGGCAAACGCACUCGAUGCAGAAUGGAAACAACAUGGAAUACAAAGUACUUGUUCCGCAUCGGGAGGCGGAGAGCAGAUCCUCCCAAUAAAUCGCUUCCUGGGGACGGCCUGCGUUACGAAGGAGAAGCUUCUAGGAAUCACGCAACAAUAUGUACUCCUGAAAGCAAUGCUCCGGAUCAAGUCGGAAGGACUGUACCUAUCACCGCUUCUCAAUCUUAAAGGAGAAAAUAUCCAAAGGAAGGCUGGCAGGACACUUCAUACUUUAGAUAUCGACAUCCGAGACAUGGAGUGUGAACUAGCUCUUGCUGAAAAAAUGUACGAUAACGAGAGAGGAAGCCUUGCAGAAGUAACGGAUCAGUUGACCCGCAUCGAACAGCCGAUUCGCAAUAUGACACCCCAAGCUGUACUGUCCAGCUCUUCGCAACCGUCAAUAGGUCAGACGGCGGAAAAAGAUGCCUCUAGGGGCAACGAAGAAAACAUGACGGGCGUUCAUGAUCUUGACCACUACCACUCUGCGAUUGAGGCAGCAGAAGUCGAUGACAAAGAAAUUGACGAUCGAUAUCUAGAGUUACUGUUCGCCGAGACGGCUAUGGAACAAUCAGCGGAUGCAAUACCCAGCCUGGUCCGUCCGGACAGGCGAAAGCAGAGGAAGCCAUGCCAACAAAGGAGAGCACAAGUAUCUAUCGCAUGCAAAUCCGAUGAAGGUGAAAUCACAGCCGAAAUCAACUGUGGACAUCAAUUUCAAGUUGCGAUUUGUACCCCAAGCGGCCACAUUAACAAAGUCUUCCUCAACUUCAACUCAUCAAGAAUCCGAGAACAUUGCACAAUUUUCUGCUGGGGAGGGACGGUUUCCUUCGUUGAAGAAAACGCCAUCGUUGAAGAAGCUGAGUUCUCCGAAAUUGUCGGAGAACUCAGCUACUUCAGCGAUGGUGUUUUGCUAAAACAACAAGGAAUAACGAAUCUUCUGACUGAUAACCACUUCUCUUUGCCAUCCGCUGAAAAAAAUUGUGGAAAUGUUUCGUACAUUGUGUACAUCGACUGUUUCACCUCCCCUCUCAUUUAA